GUCACUCCGCUGGCCACCGGACCGCCGCCCUCCCCCCGCCACCCAGGGCUGGGGGCUCUGCGCCCAUCGGGGCCCCGGCACCGGCCGCGCUUCGGGGGCUUCUCCAGCGCGGGGCGAGAGCGCCAGGCGCAGGCAUGACGGAGAAGGAAGUGCCAGAGCCGCCGGCUUCACCUGCUUCAGGUGGGAAACCCAAGAGCCGGCUGCAGAAGCUGAAGCAACUUUUCCAGCGAAAACCCAAGGAGGAGCCGGUGCAGGAGCCACAGCCCAACGGGGAGCUGGUCAGCCCCUCGGGGGGACCCAUCUACUACAUCUAUGAGGAUGACGAAGAGGAGGAAGAGGAGGAGGAGCCCGAGCCCCCUCCCGAACCGGAGAAACUCGUUAACGACAAACCCCACAAGUUCAAAGACCAUUACUUCAAAAAGCCCAAAUUUUGUGAUGUUUGUGCCCGCAUGAUCGUCCUCAACAACAAAUUUGGCCUGAGGUGCAAGAACUGCAAAACCAACAUCCACCACCACUGCCAGUCCUACGUGGAGAUGCAGCGCUGCUUCGGCAAGAUCCCCCCCGGGUUCCGGCGGGCGUACAGCUCCCCCCUCUACAGCGACCAGCAGUACGCCGGCACCAAGGACCAGCUCGCAAACAGGAGCGACCCCGUGUUCGAGACGCUGCGGACGGGAGUGAUCAUGGCCAACAAGGAGCGCAAGAAGGGGCAGGACGACAAGAAGAACCCCUUGGCUGCGAUGAUGGACGAGGAGUCGGAGGCCACGAAGCCGGUGGGGAGCAAAGCUGAGGGUGGUGCCGCCGAGGGGGACAAGAAGGCUGAGAAGAGCCCAACAGAUGACAAGAGCAAGAAGCCACAGCCAGGGGGGUUCCUGCAGUCCCACUAUUUCGUGGCACUUUAUCGCUUCAAAGCCCUGGAGAAGGACGACCUGGACUUCCCGCCGGGGGAGAAGAUCACGGUGGUCGAUGACUCCAACGAGGAGUGGUGGCGGGGGAAGAUCGGGGAGAAAGUCGGAUAUUUCCCCCCCAACUUCAUCAUCCGGGUGCGGGCAGGCGAGCGGGUGCACAAGGUGACGCGUUCCUUCGUGGGCAACCGGGAAAUCGGGCAGAUCACGCUCAAAAAGGAUCAGAUCGUGGUGCAGAAGGGGGAGGAGGUGAACGGUUACGUCAAAGUCUUCACGGGCCGCAAAGUGGGGCUGUUCCCUGUGGACUUCCGGGAGGAGAUCUGAGGGGGGCUGGGGGGGUGGGGGGGGACCCCUGGGAUGGGGCACAGAGACCCCCGGGAUGGGGGACACGGAGACCCCCGGGAUGGGGUGGAAAAACUCAGGCUGCGGGGUGGGGAUGUGACGGGGGCACCCUGGGCAUGGGGACCCCUGGAUUGGGAUGGGGGGCCCAGGCUGCGGGACAGGUUUGGGGUCGGGGGGGGGCACCCCCAUUCCUGCUGCCCCCUCCCUGGGGUGUCCCUGGGGGGCUGCUGUCCCCCCCCAGGACCGGGGCAGGAUGGGGAGGACAGGAGGAGCCCCAAGGGCUCUUCCCCCGCGGGAGGUUUUGGUGCCUCCAGAGACGCUGGAUGCAACAGGGGCACCCCCAGAGGGGCUGUGGGGACCCCCAGAGCGAGGGGGGGGACACUGGGGGUCGGGGGGGUCCCGUCCCGGUGCUCCCGGUGCUCCCGGGUUUUGGCAAUACACGGCUGUGCCCAU